AUGCCGGACCUUUCCGAGCCCCUGUCAUUCUGGGAGACGGCAUUCGACAAGCGCAAGGUUCGGGAGAGCAAGCUUCAUGAGCUGCUUGAGAAGCAGAAGGGAGUGCUCAAGUGCAAAACGCUCAAGUUCACCGACAUGUCUGCCACGGCCGCUGUUAAGCGCUACUGCUUCAAGCAGCUGGAAGAGCUGGCCAUUCGCAUCAUCUCGCAACCAGACUGCCUGAUCAGCAUGGCCAAGGCAUCGUCGGUCCUGGGCUCGCCCAGCUGCCGCCCCGAGUUUGUGGAUGACGAGAGGAGCGUACUCGAUUUUAGCGAGCUGCGGUACCCUUGCAUGCUCAAUACUGUGGCCGAUUUUAUUCCCAACAACAUCGAGCUCGGCGGCGACGACGCCAAGAUCAACCUCGUCACGGGUGCAAACGCCGCUGGCAAGUCGACGAUCCUGCAAAUGUCUUGCGUCGCCGUUAUUAUGGCUCAGAUUAGGUGCCACGUCCCUGCUGUGUCGGCGCGUCUGACACCGGUAGACCGGGGAGGGCUUGCUCUGGAAACAAUCAGGUUUACUGGGGACCCCAUCCCCCGCGGCGACGUCCCGGAGCGGACAGGCUCGGCGCUCGGCCAAGAGUUGAAGCGCGAAAGGACUGUCUUUGGCCAGCAAAUCUCCAGGCCAGACGUUGGCGCCGCAGCAAAAAACUUAGCGGGGAGCGCUUCUCAAGUGGCCCUGGCCAAGUUCUCCGACGUCUAG